GAGAUCUUGCAAAGAUGUUUCUUAGAAAGCUCUUAUAAAAUUUGGGCUCCUCCUAUCGAGCGCAUUAACACCACCGCGCAUAAGAAACCACAAAGAAACCAGCCAGGCAGAUGUGGAAGGAGGAAGUCUAGAGCGAGAAGCAGAGUGCUGUGGAAGCCUCGUCCCUCUCCUUAAGCUAGCACCCCGCCCGAUAGAGCCACCGCCCCCAGCCCCAAGAACCAGGCCAAACCGGUCGCCAGCCGAGGUAUACGCGGCUGCGCCGAUCCUCGUUUUUCCAGAAGUUGCGCUAGUGCUCUUCCGUUCUUGAUCUGUGCUUGUCCGCCGUUGCGUGCGCUGUGGUCUUUGUUCUUGUUUGGCUUCCCAGUCCCGGCCUGAGAUCAGACUGCUCCCGUUCCCGAUUGGCAUUAGCCGUUGGCUGUUGAUUCGGGCGGCGUAGAUGCUUCUGGGUGGACGGUGGUGCCUCCUCCAGUUCAUUUCCUUCCAUGGUCGCAGACAUCGCGAUGCCAGCGGUGCUGGAGCCAUGAGUUGAUUGCUGCAUCUCUAGUUUUUCUUCUGAGAUGUUGGGGAGGAGUUAGGGGAAGGACGAUUUUGGAGGAAUGAGGGAAGAAAGGGUUGGUGGUAUUCUACCAUUUGUUAUUCGCCUUGAACAUCUUUAAAUGAUGCUGGAUUUUCAAUCUCACGUUUAGUUUGUGAUGGCGAGAUUUUUGUGAUUCAAACCAGCAAUCUGCCAAUCUCUUCGUGUUACCUGCAGCAUAGAUUAUCAGGGACAGCUCGCUCUCAUCCUGGGGGCUUGGGAGAAAGGCAACAGUGAGUGCUCGAGCGAGACCAAGCCAUGGUGGAAUCCAAUGGCCAGAAGAGCACUGCCCCCGCCGGCUUCUUCAGGGUCCCCGGCCUCUUCGUGAGGCUGAGCAGCAAGGGCCUGAACAAUGCCGUGGAUCCUGACUCGGUCUGGAGCCCGACCUCUCCACUGGACUUCAAGAACCUCAGGUCCAGCCCUCCCAGGGUCGGUCUCGGCCUCGUCGACGCCCUCACCGCCCACGAGAGCUCCCUGCAGUUUGGAUGCAAGAGCUCGUUCCUCGAUUCCAUCAGGCCGUUCGUCGAGCUGGCGUUCCCGAAGGCAGCGGCGUGCGAAAAGGCUGGCUCGACGGUCGGCUUCGCCACCCUGGAUGAGGUGAACGAGUUUGCAGACUCUGAAGAGUACACCUGCGUCAUUGCGCGCGGCGCGAACCCGAGGACGACGCACAUCCUUGGCGGCGGCGAGACGCUGGAGGUGCACAAGGGCGCUGUAGGUGGUUGCAGGAAGCCAAUUUUCAGCAUUGAGCCGUUCAGCGACCACCCGUCGCCGUCGCCGUCGCCGUUGGCCAGUGUUGCGUCCGGCCGCUGCGGCUGUUGCAUGAAGAGGCUGCAGGAGGACAGGGACAUCUACAUGUAUCUGGGCGAGAAUGCGUUCUGUAGCAACGAGUGCAGGAAGGGCUACAUCGAGGAGAUCGGGGAGGUGGAGGAGCUCAUGGUGCUUGAUUCUGCUAUGCGUCUUUGAUGAAGAUUGAGGAUUGCAAGCUAGCUGCUGUGGCAAAAGAAGUAUAAUUGCCCGCAAGCGUCUGCUAUCUCAUUUUGGCUUGGAAAAACUUAGAAAAUGCCUCUCAUUCUUGUUUUUCUGAAUGGAAAGGCUCUGGAUCGGCCAGUUUGUGCAAUGGCCGAGCCAUUUUCGUGAUUUGUUGAGCCCCCUAUUUUGGCUGUCAGACUAGCUAUAUCCCAUCAAUAAAUU